UGUUGGCAUCACUACACAUUUGACAUCUGUCAUCGAAAAUUUUCAACUCGAUUUGACACUUGCAUUUCUGGAAAACGGCAAAAGGAGCACAGGUUUUUCCAUAUUUCUUACAAUUUCAAUAGAAUUUAUCCAGUUGGUUUAAUAAAUUCAAUAAAAAGAAAAUCAUGUCUUUCGUUAAGAAUGCCCGAUUCCUAGCCACCCGUGGUGCCCGCAUGGUCCAGUCCCGCGGCUAUGCCGAUGAAAUGAAACUCACAUUCGCCGCUGCCAACAAAACUUACUACGACAGUGUUGAGGUUCGUCAAAUCGAUGUUCCAUCAUUCUCCGGCAGUUUUGGUAUUCUCGCUAAGCAUGUGCCAACUUUGGCCGUCUUGAAGCCAGGUGUUGUCCAAGUCGUUGAAAACGAUGGCAAGACAUCCAAAUUCUUUGUCUCCAGCGGCUCCAUUACUGUGAAUGAAGAUUCUUCAGUUCAAGUUUUGGCCGAAGAAGCACACAAAUUGGAAGAUCUUGAUGCUAGCGAAUGCCGGCAAUUAUUGUCAAAAUACCAACAACAACUAAGCUCUGCCAGUUCAGAUUUGGAAAAAGCUGAAGCUGCUAUUGCUCUUGAAUGCGCCGAAGCACUCGUCAAAUCUGCCGAAUAAAUUAAAUCUUUAUAAAUAAUUUUCACUGGGUGUUCUAUUCAGAAAUAAUAAUAAUAACAUUAAAAAUUGAAAAAGAAAUAAACUGUGCUUAAAAUGCAGUCCGAAUUAAAAUGAAA